AUGGAUCCUCCGGCAGAAUCCAGUAUACCGAAUGAGCAACACAGCGCAGCCCCAGUACCUUCAGAGAGUAUGAUGCAGUUGGCUACUGCGAUUGCACAUGUAAUGGGGGAUGCUCAGAGCAAAAUGAGUGGGAGCAAAGAGGAAGAAGCUGAUAGACACUUGCAGAUGUUUCAUAAGCUAAAACCUCCGUUGUUCAAAGGGGCUGUGGGACCUCAGGCUGCUGAGGAUUGGAUCAUGAGGGUGGAAAAGAUUUUUGACAGCAUGCAGUGUCCGGGGAAUCGAAAGGUACCAUUGGCUGUGUUCUUGUUUGAGGGUGAAGCGGAGAGAUGGUGGAUUGGACAGCAGAGAGAGAAAUUCCAGGGGAAGACCAAUGUUGAGAUCAUAUGGGAUGAGUUCACCGCAGUGUUCAGGAUGUUGUUUGUACCACCGUCAGCUCAGCGACAGAUGCAGGAAUCUUUCAUGAGAUUGGAGCAAGGCCGCAAGUAUGCUGCUCAUCUGAUUCCUACUGCCGAAGAGAAGUGCUAUAGAUUCCUGUACGGAUUGGACAGAGAGCUGAGACAUCCACUAGUAUCCUUCCGGAUACAUGAGUUUUCUGAGCUGGUGGAGCGGGCCCGAUUGAUAGAGAUUGACUUAGUGACACCAGUAUCGAGGUAUGAUGAUACCAGGAGGAGGAGAGAUGAGGUACGACGAGAUGAUUCAGGUAGAGACAGAGAUAGAGAGAAGAAAAGCAGGUACGAUGAUUUGAAGGGAUCUGCAUCGCGAUCUGCAUCGGUAGUAUCAUCUGGUAGUUCUGGAGAGUGCAUUCACUGUGGCAGACGACAUGCAGGUCGGUGCUACCUGUUGACGGGACAGUGCUUUCACUGUGGACAGCAGGGGCACAGAGCAGCAAAUUAUCCUCAGAAAGGAUUGGGUGGAAGGACUGAUUCUGGCAUGGGUACAGGACAGCAGAGGACU